ACGAGGGUAGAGUCUAAGGUCUGCAUAAUAUUAACAUGUUAUUACCAGAGGUGUUUUAGAUAUUGAUCCUGUAUUCGGUGGUAGUGUAACUCACUCCCCCACCUCACAGGUUCAUACUGGCUUUUCUAAUUUAAUAAUACACGUAACAGGAAAUUUGGUAAAAAUGCCCAAGAGGAAGUCACCCGAGGGAACGGAGGCCAAAGACGCCACCAAAGUUACAAAGCAGGAGCCCACUCGGAGGUCAGAGCGUCUUUCCUCAAAACCAGCUCUUCCUAAACCUGAACCAAAAGCCAAAAAACCAGCUGCCAAGAAGCCAUCCAAUGACAAAGCGGUAAAGGAGAAGAAGGUUGGAGCCAAAGGAAAGAAAGAGGAGAAAGAAUCUGCGCCCACUGCAAAUGGAGAGACCAAGCCAGAGGAGAUCUGUGUCUCACGCUCAUCUGUCAGUGUGUCAUCAUGGAGAACUUCCGCCCCCUCUUUCCUGUCCAUCCGAGGGCAGAGCGAGAGUGUUAGAGUAAAGGGAAACUGAAGACGCCCAAGACUGAGGCGAAAGAGUGAUUAAAGUUGUUUUCUGGAAUAACAAAGAACAUUUUUAUUCCUAUUGAGUAUUUUGUAAAAUGCAAACUGUUUUUAGACUUACUGUUCUAGAUUUCCUUAGCUAAAAGUCAACUCACACUCCCCACUGAAGCACCGUACCUGUCUCCUUCUCUUUCAUCUGACAGAAAAAUAGAUUAAUUUCAAGAAGCAACAGUUAUUCUUGAAUAUUUCACCAGCAGCUCGCCUGCCAAAUGCAACCACUUGGAA